CGCAAAUAUCUGCCGGCCUGCCGGCUGACAGGCAAGCGCGUCCCCGAUGGACUUCCAGCGUGCGAUCACCGGCCGGAGGACAGUCGGAGCGGGGGGCCGCAACCGGGGCGCUCCCGUUGGCGGGCUACCGACGGAGGGAUGACAAGCGCGAGCGACAAGUCGACACCAUUCGGGCGGGGUCGUGCGUGCGAGCGGCGGCGGCGGCGGGAUCAUCCGUGAGGCUCCUCCGCGCUCGGGAGUCGUUCGCUGGAGGAAAUGGCGUCGGGCCCCGGGAAGGCGAUACAGAGCCCCGGGCCGGGCUCCGCCGUCAACGGGAAUGCGGCAGACUUCCAGACCGUCGAGCAGGAGCAGUGCGACUUCCAGAUGCACAACAAGAUGUGCAAGAAGAUCGCGCAGCUCACCAAGGUGAUUUAUUCCCUCAACAUGAAGAACGAGGAGCAGGAGGCGGCCCUGCAGGCCUCGAACCACGCCCGCGACGAGGAGCUGCACCGCAUCCUGAUGGAGACGUGUCAAGAGGAGGAGGGCUCAGUGCUGAGGACGCGACUCCUCCAGCCGCGGGAGUCUCUCGACGAGCAGCAGAGGGUCGGAGCGCAGGUGCGAGCCGACUUCAAGUUCUUCCGCAUGCAGUCGGAGGAGAGGGAACGUGAAACUGAAGCCGAACUGAGACGGGAUUUUGAGGAGAGGCUCCGGGCUGCCGAGGAGGAGCUCCGAGAGGCCGAGUCCCGGAUCGGCGCCGCUCGGGAGGAAAACCUGCGACUGGGCAAAGAACUGGAAGAGGCAGAGGAGACGAUCCGAGAUCUGAGCGACAGACGCGAGCCGAGGCGGACAGUUAGCGAGGACGAGGAGGAGGAGACGGAGCAGAAGGGCCCAGAUGAGGAGUCGGAGAGAGUGAAAGGGCUUUUGGAGGAGGUGAACGCGACGAAGGAGGAAAGGGAUCAGAGGGAGGAGGAGAGAAGGCGAGCGGCCGAUGCGGAAAGGGAGCGGUGGGAGCAAACGACGGCGCGGCUCCGAGAGGAGAAAGAAGAAAUGAGGAAGAAGAUGGAGGCCGAACGGCAGGAGGAGCGGCGCAGGUGGGAGGAGAGAGAGGAGGAGGAGAAGAAAGGAAUGCACAGUGCUUUAAGAGAACGAGCGAAGAGGGCCGAGGCCGAGGUGGAGAACCAUCUGGAGAGGCAGGCCGAGCGCAAACGCAACACGGUCAAACUGCAGGAGCGUAUUCAGAACCUGGAGGAAGAGCUGGAACUGGAUCGGAAACGUGUGUCCGAGGCCGAGGGCUCGGCGCAGCGGGCAGAGGAGGAGCUGGCUGUGGCCAAAGAGAGGCUACUGCUGCAAGAAGACGAGCUGCAGAGCCGAGCAGAAGAGCUGCUGAAUGCGGGCUGCAAGGCGUGCGUGUGUGCUGACGCGGAGGACCUGAAGAGCCAGCUGAGUCGUCUGCAGAGCAGGAACAGAGAGCUGGAGCUCCAAAGCGGCGGAAGGAACAACGACCACGCGCGCCAGAUCCGCCAGCACGCCGAGGCUCUGUCCGGUCUGCGUUCCGAGAUGGUGAGGGCCCAGACGGAAGAGCUGCGUCGCAUCCAAAAACAUGCCGACGAGGAGCGGGACAAACUGCAGACGGAGCUGGACAAGGAGCGAGAGACCGUCCAGAGGGAAAGAGAGCAAGAAAAAAGCCAUUUGGAGAAGGAGAGGAACCGGCUGCGGCGAGAGCGAGACGAGGAGAAGGAGGCGCUGCGCCAGGAGGCCGACGGAAUCAGAGAACACGUGAGGAGGGAAAUGGAGGAGGAGGCGGAGCGUCUCCGCAAGGAGCUGGACGUGGAGAGGGUCCGCGUCCGCGCCCGGUCGGACAAGAACUUCGAGCAGGCGGAGGCGCAGAGGGCGGCUCUGCAGCGGAAGCUGGAGGAGGAGAAGAGGAGGCUGGCGGAGAAGGCGGAGGAGGACAGGAGGCGGCUGAAGGAGCAGGUGCGGAAGGCCAUCGAGGAGGUGAUGCGCAGACACGCGGCUGAACUGCACGGCGUCCGAGAAGCUCUCAACUCGGAGAAGAUGACCAACCGAGAGGUAUGUGCACAUCUCGAAGAGGAGAGGCGCAAAAACGGGGCGCUCCAUGACAGGCUGGAGAGGGAGAGACAAGAACUUGAGAUGAAACUCAAAGAUGCAGACAAUGAGAUCUUUCGUUUGAAGGCGGCGGCUGCGCAGCGUCAAGAAGAGAAGGACAAAGCAGCGCCAGAGACGUCGCCCCCGUGCGGACCGCAGUGCUCCCGCCUGCGCGAGGACCUGCAGCAGACCCGAAGCCGUCUGACUCGCAUGCGGGACGAGGCGGAGAAGCAGCGCCAGAGACAAGAGAGAGACAUCGCCUCCCUCCGGGCAGACAAACACCGGCUCGAGGAGAAGGUUCUGGAACACAGUCGGCUCAACACCGAGAGGAACCUUUUGGAACAGAGCCGACGCGACACGGACGAACGCGUCAGAGCGGAGUGCGAGGAUCGCCUCAGGGCAGAGUUCCGCAUCGAGAUGAACGCCGCCGUCGCCGGGAGCGAGCAGAGGUGGCGGAACCGGGAGCGCGAGUUGCACGCUCGGAUGGCGGAGCUGCAGAAGGAGGAAACCGAAGACGAUUCCCAUGGCGACCUUGAGAUUGACAAACUCAGGAAGGAGGUCGAGGAGACCAAGGAGAUUAACAAGAAGCUGAGGGAGCUGCUGCAGGAGCCCCGAAGUUCGGCCGAGGAGAGGCGCAGCCACGCCGUGCAGCUGCAAGCGUUGGAGAGGCAAGCCAAAGAAGAUGUGCUGUCUGAGAGGAACAGACUUCAGACCACGCAGCAGCUGGAGUUAGAUAAGCAGCGUGCGGAGUUGACCCAGCAGCACACGGAGUGGAGCAGACAGAUGACCCAGAGACACAUGCAGCAGAUCGAAGACCUUCGGAGCCAACUGCGAGCGCACACGCAGAUGACGGCGCUGCAGCAGGACCUCAAGCAGCAGAACCAGAACCAAGUGUUUGAGCGGCAGCUGGACGAGAGUCGCUGCGCCGCGCUGGAGCUGCAGAGAGAGAAUGCUGCGCUCAAGAAGCAAUUGCAGGAGAAGUCCAUGCAGGCCAAUCCCAAAAUGGAAGCAAAAGAAGGAGCGGGUCCAGAUUUGCAAAAGACCAGAGAUGCCCAUCUGGAAGACGAAGCGCUGCGCUUGAAGGAGGAGGUGGAGAAACUGAGGGUGGAGAUGGAGAAGCUGGAAGAGUCACACAAACUGUGGGAGGAGAAGAAGGAAGACGACGACGAGGAGGAGGAGGAAGGGGAGCGAGAGAAAAAGAAGAAGCCGGAGGAGGAGGAGAGGAGGACAAAGGAGCUGGAGGAGGUCAGGAAGGAGCACAAGAGGGAGAUUCAGAAUUUGCUGUCCGAAUACGGCGGCGCUCAGAUGCAGCUGCAGGCUCGCAUCGUGGCCCUGGAGAACGAGUUGCGCGAGCGGGAGGAGCGAUGCAGGAGGAGAGAGCCGCGAUGUGACGACGACCCGCGGCUGGGGAAACUUCAGGAGAGACUGACGGAACGAGAGCAGCUCAUUAAACGAUUAGUGGAAGAACGGCAUCAGCUGCAACUGCACUCCCCCGCCGUUGCCCCCGACAACGGCGGCCUCAGAAUCCGCGAGAACAAGCCCCGCCCCGGGAGCGCCACGCCGACCAUGAGGAGGAAGCCCGCGGAGGCAUCUCCUGGCGCAAGCGCCAUCUCGCGCCCGGGCGCUCAGGACCGCCUCCCUCCCUACUCGUCCACGCUGCCUCACCGGUCGUCGCCCCAGCCUCACGCGUCGCCCCGCUACUCCAGCUCGUCUCUUCCGCACAAGCACACCUCCCCCUCCCCCUCCCCCUCCCCCUCCCUCGGCCGACGUUCCCCCCCGUCCCUGCCCCGCUCCCCCAGAUCCCGGACUUCCUGCGUCCCUCCCACGCCGGCGCCCACCGGCCCGCUGCCCGUCUGCCCCUCGCAGCAGACGGGCAUUCGCUACGUGUCGCCGUCCUGCCAGGAGCCGCACGCGUACCUGCAGGCGCAGUCGAUCAGGGGGCCUUGUAUGGAGCAGAGGGGCACCGAGGGGCUAAAACAGGAGUGGUUCACCAAAUACUUCUCCUUCUGAGCACAAACACAAGCCGCCCAACACAUCAUCGCUUCUGCUACAUGCGCACCGUCAACUGGGAGCUCCGCUAAUUUUUCACAAGGUCAGACGAGUACCGUAGUGCGGACGGGACGCGACGACGGCGCUGUCGGAUCGCCGCUCACAGCUGCGUGCAAAGACACACUCCGGUCGCUGUGUGAGUCAACGGAAUACUGUGGCGCGGACGUCGGCAAAAAUCUAUGUCCGCGCGGUUGCGUCGCAUCGAUACGAAUCCUUUGAAAUCGGCGGAGCGCUCGUACAACGGACUCGCGGGCUCGUCACCAGCAAGGCCAUCUCCAACAUUGCCUCAAAGCUCAACCAAAAAGUGCUUCUCAAAACACAUGCCUGACCUCUUCUCGGCCUCCCGGAUCUUGUUUGUAUCGUCCGAAACGUCUCCAUCCGUGAUGAUGUUGUUUUCUAUUUUUUUUUGCGCUCUUCCUUUUUUCAAUGCAGCAUUUGCUUCGAUAUGAUCACACGCGUAUUGAAGGCGAAUCUCUCGAUGUCACCAAGCACGUGUCGCUUCCAACUACGGAGGCAUUUGAUGUACUGUAUUCAAGCAAGAUCCUCAUUAAUACGAACACACAAACAUUUGUCACUUCCCGCACCAAAAUGAAGCUUGUUUUGAUGCAAAUAUGUACAAUAGUCUU